AAAGAGUUAAAGACUCAAAUAAUUCAUGAACAAGAACUUUAUAAUCUUGAUGAUGAUGAUGAUGAAACAGAAGAAGGUGACGAUGCCUCGUCGCUUCCACCAAAAUCACAAAAGCGGGGAAGAAUGCUUCCACCAAUGUCUUCUGGUUGUGGAUCUACUGGCAAGACCAAAGAUCCUAUGGAUUGUUACUUCCUGCAAAAAUCUGGAGAUAAGGGAGGAAAAAGUAGUAAUCCUCAAGUUGAUGCCAAAGCGAUUUUGAGGGACCGUGCAGUUACCUGCUUUGCUCGGUGGAUGUAUGAUGCAGGUCUUCCUUUUAAUUGCGUUAACUAUACUGACAAUUUUGCUCCUUUUAUUGAGGCCGUAGGCCAAUAUGGUCCAGGAAUGAAGCCUCCAACUUAUUAUGAAGUUAGAGGGCCAUAUCUAAAAAAGGAGGUGGCAGAGGUGAACAAAAUUGUGGAGGAGCACAAAGUAGAAUGGAACAAGUUUGGUUGUUCCAUUAUGAUGGAUAAGUGGACGGCGAGAAAUGGAAAAAUGAUCAUCAAUAUCUUGGUGAAUUCUCCUAAGGGAAGCCUGUUUCUUGAGUCCGUUGAUGCAAGUGACUCUUCGACCGAUUCAACCAAAAUGUACUCCUUGUUCAAGAGUACAAUAGACUCUAUUGGAGCAGAAAAUGUUGUUCAAGUUGUCACGGACAAUGCCAGUGAAAAUGUUAAAGCUGGUGAUUUGAUGUCCGCUGGGCCUUUGUUAUUGAACAUGAUGAAGAGAUUCACUAAACAAAGAAGCUUGGUGAAACCUGCAAAGACAAGAUUUGCUACUGUUUUCUUCACUUUGCAUAGGAUGUACGAGCAAAAAAGCAAUUUGAAGAAGUUGUUUGUUUCAGAUGAGUACACUAGCAGUGCCUAUGGAAGGGAAGCUCGAGGGAGAGAAUCUGCAGAUAUUAUACUUUCUCCUUCCUUCUGGAACAAUGUGGUUCAUCCAUUGAAGAUUGGUGGUCCUUUAGUUAAAGUGUUUCGUUUGGCGGAUGGGGAGCAAAGGCCACCAAUGGGCUACUUGUACGAAACAAUUGAUAGGGCAAAGGAGGCUAUUCAAGCCUCUUUUAGUGAUCAAAGAAAAUACAAAAGAGUCUUUGAGAUCAUAGAUAAAAGGUGGGAUAGUAAGCUUCAUAGCCCUUUGCAUGCAGCUGGACUUGUUUUGAACCCGGAACUGUUUUAUGCUAAUGAAGAAAGGAUUCUAAGAGAUGAACCUUUGUGGAAUGGAUACUAUGAAUGUAUUGAGAAGUUGAUACCUCAAGAAUCCGAAAAUCACAGAGCAAUUUAG